ACUUCGUUUUGAUUCGAUAUUUGUAAAGUGAAAAAGUCCUGAAAAAACAAAAAUUGUGAAAAACGCGCUUCCAAUGCGAGUAGAUUAAAAAAAUCCAUAACUUCCACAAUAAUUCACUAUCUUCAAAACCCCUUUUCUCACAUCCACUACCCACACUCACGCGCCGCCGCACAACCCCCAAACAAUGGCAUCAAUAACCAUCUUCGACCACGAACUCCCAGACUACACUCACAACCUCUACGACGUCACAUUCUUCCACCACACCAUCUCCACCAUCGUCACCGACACCCCCUCAUUCGUCGACACAUGGAUCUCCGACACCCACCGUCUAAACCACUCUCCCAUCGUCGGCCUGGACGUCGAGUGGAGACCCAACCAAUCCCGCAACAUCGAAAACCCAGUUGCCACCCUCCAACUCUGCAACGGCCACCGUUGCCUCAUCUUCCAGAUCCUCCACGCGCCGAGCGUGCCCCAAUCGCUGAAAAACUUUUUACGAAACCCUAACUAUACGUUUACAGGGGUUGGGAUUGAGAGCGAUGUUGAGAAGUUGGUUGAGGAUUAUAACCUUGGGGUUGAGAAGAUGGUGGAUGUGCGUACGUUAGCGGCGGAGGCGUACGGUGUGAGGGAGUUGAAGAAUGCUGGGAUUAAGAGUUUGACGGAACGGGUGCUUGGGAAAGUGGUUAGUAAGCCGAAAGGGGUGACGUUGAGCCGGUGGGAUAAUCAGUGGUUGACUCCGGCUCAGGUGCAGUAUGCUUGUGUUGAUGCGUUUUUGAGUUUUGAGAUUGGUAGGGUUUUGAUUUCUGGGAGUCAGAAUUGAUUGUUAUGUAUAUGAUUUGGGAUUAGUGUUUGAUUUAGUGUUUUUAUGUGUGUUUAAUAUGUGUUGUUGGUGGAUGAUAAUUGUUUGAUCAUUGAAGGUUUAGGGUUUCUGUUUACUAAAUGAUCCUGUUUUGAUUUAGUGUUUUA